AUGGAGGACUUGAAUUCACGUAGUCAGUUUAUGGUGGAACCUAAAUGUGUGCACUGGAUAGCUGCGAAGCAUGUUUUGAGGUAUCUCCAAGGCACAGUUGAUUAUGUAUUGAGGUAUAUUCAACAUGAUGGAGUGAAGCUCGAGGGGUUUACCAAUGCAGAUUGGGCAGGCAGUACCGCUGACAGAAAGAGCAUUUCAGGGUGUUGUUUCAGCUUGGGAUUGGGAGCAGUGUCCUGGUACAAUAGGAAACAAAAGUCAAUUGCAUUGAGUUUUGUAGAGGCCGAGUAUAUGGCAGCCAGUAUGGCUACAUGUGAGACUAUCUGGCUUCAAAAACUUCUAGCUGGACUUUUUGAUAUGAAGCUAGAUCCUACGGUCAUUUACUGUGACAAUUAG